CGCUUCCCGGCGGUGAAUCAUCGCCUGCAGCGCAGCCCGCAGUCCCGUUGCCGAGCGAAGGCCCCAGCCGCGCCCCUGCACCCAGCCCAGCACCGAGCACCCGACCUCGAUCGCUGCGCAGCCGGGCACCAUGGCGGGCAUCGCGGCCAAGCUGGCCAAGGACCGGGAGGCGGCCGAGGGGCUGGGCUCGCACGAGAGGGCAGUCAAAUACCUCAACCAGGACUAUGAGGAGCUGCGGGACCAGUGCCUGGAGGCCGGGGUGCUGUUCCAGGACCCCUCCUUCCCCGCCCUCGCGUCCUCCCUGGGCUUCAAGGAGUUGGGACCCCACUCCAGCAAGACGCAGGGCAUCGUGUGGAAGCGGCCCACGGAGAUCUGCGAUGAUCCCCAGUUUAUUGUCGGAGGAGCCACCCGCACUGACAUCUGCCAAGGAGCCCUGGGUGACUGCUGGCUGUUGGCGGCCAUCGCCUCCCUCACCUUGAAUGAAGAAAUCCUGGCGCGUGUCGUCCCCUUAAACCAGAGCUUCCAGGAAAACUAUGCAGGGAUCUUCCACUUCCAGUUCUGGCAGUACGGUGAGUGGGUGGACGUGGUCGUGGACGACAGGCUGCCCACCAAGGACGGGGAGCUGCUGUUUGUGCACUCGGCAGAGGGGAGCGAGUUCUGGAGCGCGCUGCUGGAGAAGGCCUACGCCAAGAUCAACGGGUGCUAUGAGGCGCUUUCGGGGGGCGCCACCACCGAGGGCUUCGAGGACUUCACGGGCGGCAUCGCUGAGUGGUAUGAGCUGAAGAAGGCACCUUCCAACCUAUUCAAGAUCAUCCAGAAGGCCCUGCAGAAAGGCUCCCUCCUGGGCUGCUCCAUCGACAUCACCAGUAUGGCAGACUCAGAGGCCAUCACGUUCCAGAAGCUGGUGAAGGGGCACGCGUACUCUGUCACUGGAGCCGAGGAGGUGGAAAGCAGAGGAAGCCUGCAGAAACUGAUCCGCAUCCGAAAUCCCUGGGGAGAGGUGGAGUGGACCGGGAAGUGGAGCGACAACUGCCCGAACUGGAACACCAUCGACCCGGAGGAGAGGGCCAGGCUGACCCAACGGCAGGAAGACGGGGAAUUCUGGAUGUCUUUCAGCGACUUCCUGAGACACUAUUCCCGCCUGGAGAUCUGCAACCUGACCCCCGACACCCUCACCAGCGAUUCCUACAAGAAGUGGAAGCUCACCAAGAUGGACGGGAACUGGCGGCGGGGCUCCACGGCGGGAGGCUGCAGGAACUACCCGAACACCUUCUGGAUGAACCCUCAGUACCUGAUCAAGCUGGAGGAGGAGGACGAGGACCAGGAGAACGGCGAGAGCGGCUGCACCUUCCUGGUGGGUCUCAUCCAGAAGCACCGGCGGCGGCAGAGGAAGAUGGGCGAGGACAUGCACACCAUCGGCUUCGGCAUCUACGAGGUUCCGGAGGAGUUUGCCGGACAGACCAACAUCCACCUCAGCAAAAACUUCUUCCUGACGCACCGAGCCCGGGAGCGCUCCGACACCUUCAUCAACCUGCGGGAGGUGCUCAACCGCUUCAAGCUGCCGCCGGGGGAGUACAUUGUGGUGCCGUCCACCUUCGAGCCCAACAAGGACGGCGACUUCUGCAUCCGGGUCUUCUCCGAGAAGAAGGCUGACUACCAAGUGGUCGAUGACGAGAUCGAGGGCAACCUGGAAGAGAUUGACGUCGACGAGGACAACAUUGAUGACGGAUUCAGGAGGCUGUUUGCCCAGCUGGCAGGGGAGGAUGCGGAGAUCUCUGCGUUUGAGCUGCAGACAAUCCUGAGACGCGUCCUCGCCAAGCGCCAAGAUAUCAAGUCAGACGGCUUCAGCAUCGAAACCUGCAAGAUCAUGGUUGACAUGCUGGAUUCCGACGGGAGCGGUAAGCUGGGCCUGAAGGAGUUCUACGUUCUUUGGACGAAGAUUCAGAACUACCAAAGAAUUUACCGGGAAAUCGACGUGGACAGGUCUGGUACCAUGAACUCCUAUGAGAUGCGGAAAGCUUUAGAACAAGCAGGUUUCAAGCUGCCCUGUCAGCUCCACCAAGUCAUCGUUGCUCGCUUCGCAGACGACAACCUCAUCAUCGAUUUCAAUAAUUUUGUUCGGUGUUUGGUUCGCCUGGAAACACUCUUCAGGGUAUUUAAGCAGCUGGACCCCGAGAACACUGGAACCAUAACGCUCGACCUUAUCUCUUGGCUCUGCUUUUCAGUACUUUGAGGUCAUAACCAACCUGCCUGAAGAUUUCUCACAAAAGAAAAUCAGCCACGGACUACGCUUCCACAGAGAAACUUUUUAUCUGGACCUUGAUUAUGGGAACAUUUACUUAAACUGAUGAUUAUAGCUGAAAAUAAUGAUACCAUUUGAGAUAGUAAAAGAUUUGCAUAUUAUUAGACUAAAAGCGAGUGAGUCGCUUAACCCUCGACAAGCUCAAAAGCUUUAAAUCUGUAAAUAGUAUACACUUUUUACUUUUACACAUGGUCCUGUUUAGAGCAAUAUUAAAUGAGGAAAACAAUGCAGGGAGGUAUUUAACAGCCGAGCAAACAUUCAGUCGAUCUCAAAGGACCUUAUGGCCUUUAAAAGCCAAGGUCAAGUUGAAAAACAGCUGUGACAUUUACCAAACAGCAGCUCAGGGCUCACCGUUCCCCUGGAGUAAAAUUGAAAACAUCGUGGUCACGAAGCGACCUUGUCAAAGCAUCCGGAGAAGCCGGGUAAGGAUGCACACCUUGUCACCCAGGUUGAACGAGAGAGACAGGCUCUAUAGAAUUCUGAUUGGCUGACGGUGGACCUUCAGAAAUGCUGGUAGAAAUACCGAAGGGCUUCUACUCUCGGUCCGUGGAGGCCGCACACAGGGACCAGGCGUCCAGUCUGCAGGCCAGCUGUGCGGAGGCGGACCAAGCCGUUAACUGCCUGCCCCGACCCUCCCCCAGCUUGGCCACCUGCAGCGUUUGUGCCUGGAGUCGGGGGGGACAGGCAUAGUACCUGCAGAAACAACACAAGCUUGUUUCUUGGCUUUCCCUUGGGAACGUGUUAACAUUAUAAAAGUAUUGCCUUGUUGCCUUAUCUUCUGACAAAUGUACUGUUAAAUAAAGAGUCG